AUGCAAAAAUAUUCUAACCAACUGGAGGCUGAAGUACAGGAACGCACAAUGCAGCUGGAGGAGGAAAAACAGAAAACGGAGGAUCUCAUAGCCAAGAUGCUGCCACUUAUUUUCAAAGUGACACUUAAGACAGUGUCCACGUUGACGACUUCGUUUCCUUUUGGGACAUUUUUCAGGCCGGUUGCGCAAGCAUUGGUUGCUGGAAACCCCGUGGAUCCGGAAGCGUUCGACAACGUCACCAUUUACUUCAGUGACAUUGUAGGGUUCUCCUUGAUCUCCGCUAAAUCUACGCCACUGCAAAUAGUCGACCUGCUCAGUGACAUCUAUACUGCAUUUGACGCAUUAAUCGAGAAAUUCGACGUUUAUAAGAUUGCAACCAUGGCCCUCGAACUGCUCAGUCUCAGCGAUGCUCUCGUAAUUCGACACCUACCUGAUGUGCCCAUCCUCCUGCGUAUCGGAAUUCACUCAGCUCAUUGCACCAUAAUGAUUGUUUGUCUGCUGAAUUAUAACGGCCUAUGUAAUAAGGUAUGCGCUUAA